AAUAAAAAUCUUACCAGAGAGAGAGUGUUUGUGAAUUGGCAACGACUUCGAAUGGGGAGUUGCGAAUAAAGCGAAGAUAGGAAAAGUGCUGCAAAGGAUGUGGUGUGUGUUCAUUUAAUCGUGGAAUCGGUGGUGAUAGAAAUCGUCGAAUGCUAUCUGUGUUGCAAUGAAGGAGGACCCGGAGAACGAUAAAGACAAAGACGCGAGGAUUUGGGGAGCUUUACUCUUCGGCUUAAUUGGCGCCACCUUCACUACCUUUGCGGUCGGUCCGCUGCGGAGGAGUGUUGAUUGGUGCUAUGUUCAGCUAACGAGGACACAGUCACAUAAAGGACACAGAAGUGGGUCGUUCCGAACAUCAUUUCAAGAAGAGGCUUGGAGGAGGCACAAUAAGCGACUGCAAGAGGAGUACGAGGAGGAGAUGGAAAGAGUGGAGCGAAUAAGGCGUAUGCAAAGCGUGUUUAACAGAGAAAGGAACAAGUAUAAAAGAAGCUACGAGAGCUGGAGGGAAAACGGUCAUGGUGCAUAUCAUCAGCAUUACCAGAGAGAUGAUUGGUACUGGAAGACUGAUACAUCCUUUAGAGAUCGGAGGACCAAUUAUCGAGAAACUCCAAGAGAGACUGGAAACUAUGCAUUAUCACAUCACUACUCAAUUUUGGGUCUUGACAGGUUUAGAAAAGCACCAUAUUCAGAUGCUGAGAUUAAGACAGCAUUUAGAACUAAGGCAAAGGAGUAUCAUCCUGAUCAAAACCAGGAUAAUAUUCAGGCUGCUGAGGCGAAGUUCAAGGAAGUGUUGACUUCAUACGAGGCCAUAAAAAACGAAAGAAGAAACUAGAUCUGUUCAACUAUCCUGGGACCCGAAAGGAUGCGAGGUAUUCGAAAAGGAUUACUAAAGUUCCUCAUUACUUCAUUGACAUAUCAUCCGGCUAAAAUAUAGUUGCUACGUGAUUAAAUUUUCUGCAAUGACUAGAGAAUUAGAUAAUGGUGUUUUUAUUUAUUUUUUUUCAAAAUCAAAUAUAAGGUUAUGUAUUGAAUAUUUAGCAUUCCAACCACAUAUAGUGCCCCUGUAAUGUGGUCUCAUUAGAUUCGAGGGGGUUCUGCUAGGCCAUUAAUUCACUUCAUGUACGCAAUUGGAGACCUUCAAAGUAACCAAACUGUAAGUGCAUUAUUAUUACUACUAUGCAUAGCACACGUUCCAUGCAGUAUCCCUGUCAAUCACUGAUGCUGCAUUUAAUGUUUAGUCACAUCACUAACACUUGGUUUGACGACCCAUUCAUCAUCCUAUUUUAACAAGGCCAAGUUUUAUCGUUUUGGAA